GACAUGAACCAGGUCACCAUCCAGACACCUCCCGGCACAGAAGAGCUUCCCAGAGGCCACCUCCCCCACCCCUGUGCUGAAGCUCUGCAUGUGGUGCCACAGCUGAAGACUCAGGAUGCCAGCCAUCCAGCUGCUGCUACUGGCCUGUCUGGCCUGGGGGUUGGGGGCCAGGACAGCCCAGCUCCGGAAGGCCAAUGACCGGAGUGGCCGAUGCCAGUACACCUUCACUGUGGCCAGCCCCAACGAGUCCAGCUGCCCUGACCAGGGCCUGGCCAUGUCAGCCAUCCAGGACCUGCAGAGGGACAGCAGAGCCCAACAUGCAGACCUGGAGGCCACCCGGGCCCGGCUUAGCUCCCUGGAGGGCCUCCUGCACCGGCUGACUUUGAACCAGGCUGCCGAGGUCUUGACAACCCAAGAGGGGCUGCAGGGGGAGCUGGGCUCUCUGAGCAGGGAAAGAGAUCAGCUGGAAUCCCAGACCAGAGAGCUGGAGACAGCCUACAGCCAGCUCCUCCGCGACAAGUCAGCUCUGGAGGAAGAGACCAGGCGACUGGGGGCAGAGAACGAGGUCCUGGCCAGGAGGCUGGAAAGUAGCAGCCAGGAGGUGGAAAUGCUAAGAAGGGGCCAGUGUCCUCAGGCUGGGAGCAUCUCUCUGGACGUGCCACCAGGCUCCAGGGAAGUUUCUAAAUGGAAUUUGGAGAACUUGGACUUUCAAGAACUGAAAUCAGAGUUAACUGAGGUUCCUGCUUCCCGAUUCUCGAAGGAGAGUUCACCUGGCCAGCUUGGGAGUAAAGAGGGAGCUGGUGCAGGAUGUGGAGAACUCGUGUGGGUUGGAGAGCCCGUCACUCUAAGGACAGCUGAAACCAUCUCAGGCAAGUAUGGGGUGUGGAUGCGAGACCCCAAACCCACCUCACCCUAUACCCCGGAGACCACAUGGAGAAUUGACACUGUGGGCACUGACAUCCGCCAGGUUUUUGAGUACAGCCUCAUCAGCCAGUUUUUGCAGGGCUUCCCUUCCAAGGUUCAUGUGCUCCCUCAGCCCCUGGAAAGCACUGGUGCUGUGGUCUACCAGGGAAGUCUCUACUUCCAGGGGGCAGAGUCCAGAGUUGUGAUCAGGUAUGAGUUGAACUCAGAGUCUGUGAAGGCUAAGAAAGAAAUCCCUGGAGCUGGAUACCAUGGACAGUUCCCCUAUUCCUGGGGAGGCUACACGGAUAUUGACCUGGCUGUGGAUGAGACGGGCCUCUGGGUCAUCUAUAGCACUGAGGAGGCCAAAGGUGCUAUUGUCCUCUCCAAACUGAACCCAGAGAAUCUGGAACUUGAACAAACAUGGGAGACAAACAUCCGUAAGCUGUCAGUUGCCAACGCGUUCAUCAUCUGUGGCACCUUGUACACAGUCAGCAGCUACUCGUCACCUGAUGCUGCCAUCAAUUUUGCGUACGACAUGGGCACGAGGAGCAGCAAGACCCUGAAUAUCCAGUUCAAGAACCGCUACAAGUACAGCAGCAUGGUUGACUACAACCCUCUGGAGAAGAAGCUCUUUGCCUGGGACAACUUCAACAUGGUCACCUAUGACAUUAGGCUCUCAUAGAUGUGACAAGUCACCAAGCUUUGUUAGGACAGGCAGAAAGAGAGGGUGUGCAGAGCUCUGGAGCAGAGAGCCAGCCAGCCAAACCCAUGCAGCUUUUCUCUGCUCGCCAAGUUUGCAUUUAUGCAGAAGAAUGUGCACUGGCACCUGGGACAGGAGUAGCAAUCUCGGGAUUUAGACAACUUCACAUUAUAAUAUCACUUUCUUCUGUUGGCUCUUCAAGGGACUUUUAACCAAAGAAGUUUGUUUUCUGGUAAUCUGAGGCAAAAAGCAUUGAAUGUGUAGUAGUUUCUGCAUGAAAACCACAAGGCUUUUUUAUAGAUGGCUCUCACUGACUAUAACCAAGAUGAAAAUGCAUACAUUGUGCAAAAAUGAAAAAUGAUGCAAAAAAUAUAUAAAAGAAAAAAAAAACAUGUAUUAUGUCAUAAAAAAAAGAGAGAGAGUAUGUUUGGUGGAGGAGAGCUUGGGGGAAACAAAUUGUCCCAGGUGCAUCCAGGGCCACCCCCUGCACUGUUAAGUCAGACAAAAAAAGCUGAAUUUCUAAAGGGGAUUCAGCUCUUGCGGCCAGCACUGGACAUAUGUAAAAUGCACUUACUAUAUUGGCUUCUAAUGCUUUGCCCUGUGAAAUAAAAUGAUC